GCUGCGUUUCUAAAACGAAAUGGCCUCCUCCAUUUCAUUUGAUCCAGCUACAGAACACAACGUGUUCGCCCACACGGAGUCGCUCAUAGAACCCGGGGGCAAAGACAGGAUUAGGACAUUUAACCAGCAGGUAACAAGCGGGCUGGUCAAUGCGAUCGAUAGGUGCCUGCCAGAAGAUCUUGACUUGUCCGCCUUGUGUGAGUCUGAAAAGCCUGUGCCGUUUGUCGAUCUUACCGACAGCGACUCGGACUUUUACGAGCCGAUCUCUCCACCAGAGGUUGGCGCGUCACAUGCUUCGGGCUGCGUGCACGUGCAGUAUCAUUGGCAAACACAAAAUAUUGACCCCACACAAUAUCUUCAAUGAUUAUUGGAUGUCAACAGUUUCAA